ACGUCGUUCGUAUCAGUAAUUACGUCUCAGCAUCUCCUAGCACUCGGAGGGAGGGAGGGGGAUCGCGAUUGUGGCUAAACACCACACUAUAGUUUCGGUGACAUUAGAACAUGCCAUGGGGUGCGACGAUGAUCGGAGCCCUUCUGGGCCUCGGCACUCAGAUGUGCUCCAACGCUCUCCGUAAACUCCCUCACAUGCGCCAUCCUUGGGGGCACUUGGUUGGAAUGGGACUGGGAGCCGUGUUCUUCAAUGAGCUGGUCAAACGGGACGCUAGGCACUAUGAGGCCCUUGACAAGAUGUUCGAAACGGUCGAAGCCGCCACCGAGCGCGGCUACUAUGUUUCAGAGAUUAAGCUACAAAAUAGAUUCUUUGGGACUCCGACGGUAUGUGUCACACUCACACCAAUGCCAAGUGUGCAGGUUGGGAAAUUUGUACGGAUGAUCCAUGUUUUGGGUCCAAAAUGGCAAAUGACCCAUUUUUAAAAAAUAAUGUCAAUUGACCCUUUGGUGACAUCAUUGUCAUACCAAAUUACGUAAAUUGCCCUCACAAAUGCCUCACGAGGUAAGUCUCACUCUCGUUUGAAAUUCCUUGGUUUGAUGUGAUUGCUCGUCAGUGUACGAAUGAUUUGACAAUUUUUACGACGGAAGCCUCAAAUCAAUAAUACCUAAACACAAUUUCUGUAAACUCUAAACUCCAUUUCAACGGUGAUUACUUCUUUGGUUUUCGACGAUGUUUUGUUGAACGGAGAUUUUUCAAAUGGGGAUUUCCAAGACGAGGCUUUUUUAGAACGAAACAGGUUUUUCAGAAAGGUGUUUCAUUAUUUUGAGUUUGUUUAAUUAAUUUUGUUGUAUUAUUUCUGGAAAGGUAGCAUUACGAAAUUUUGUAGAGUGAGAGAGCAAGAGUAAGAGAGAGCGAGAUUAAGAGAGAGCGACAGUACACUUCAAUUGCUUGUAGAACCUUAAUGACAAAUGUUCUCUUGCUUUGUAGGAUUAUAAAAAAGUGUCUACUUAUUCGAUAUGGAGGUGAUUGGGAUGAGAAUGAAAAUUCGUAUAUUGGGGGAGAGUUGACAGGAAUCAUUGUGCUUGUUACAUUGAAGUAUGAAGAACUUAAAUCUCACAUUUACAAGGUUACAAACGUCAGUUCUUCAGAGUUUGAUCUUAUACUGAGAAUUACAUAUAAUUUUGAAUAUGAAGUCCCUUCAUAAUAUAUAAGGAAUGAUGAUGAUGUUCACUUCCUUCUUUUCCGAAGACUUCAAUUAGCAUUAACGCUAAAAUCGAAUCAGGACGAAUAUUAGAAGGACCACAACUUUGCUCUAGAUGUCCACAAUCUAUAUAAUCAAGUCUAGAUGAUCUCUCAUUACCAACAACUGAAGUAUCACCCAAUUCUGAAUUCAAUCUUGCUGGAUUAGUGCGGUCGUUGUCUAGUGAUGAUGUUGAUGGUAUGGCGUUGGUAGACAAUGGAAUAUCAUCCUCUUUCCAAUGAAAUUUUCUGUCCUCAGUCGUAUCAUCAUAACUCACAUUUCCAAACCCCAUUCUAAUAUUUUUGUCUUGAUUUGA